AUGGCUGAGACGGACCCUCAAACUGGGGCAGAUACCUCGGUCUCUUUGCUGCUUCUCGGGGAUCCAGCCUGCGGCAAAUCGACAUUCCUAGCGCCAUCUCCGCCAGGGCAGCCGGGUGCCAGCGCAAAUGCCCUCGAAUUAUUACGAGAUAGCGAUCAGCCUUUCAUUUAUGAUAUUCGGUUCUCAAGGAAAACGUUCACUCUGGAGCUAUACGACACAUCCAAUCCGAAUCAGCAUUGGUCAACUCUCAAGCCUGAUCUGGUUGUUCUAGCAUUCGAUAUCUCCAACCGAGAAACACUAGACGGGCUAAAAGCGGAUCUAAUCGAAUCUCGGGGUGUAAAGUGGCGAAACGACAUAACACGAUACUUCCAGUAUGGCCAUAGCGAGCGUCUACCGGUCAUGAUGUUGGGUCUGAAAAGGGAUCUGAGGAGAGAAGGUCCGGAAAUCAUCUAUCCACAAGAGGCUUACCGGAUUGCUCAAGAACUUCGCUGUGACAGAUAUGCCGAGUGUUCGGCUGUGACAGGCGAGCUGCUUCCAGAGACGUUUGAAGAUCUCGCAAGACUAGCAGCAAUGACGACUACUGAGAAGGGUGGGCAGACCCCCGGUACAUCGUGUGCCAUUUUAUGA